CGCCGCGUCCGAUCCGCCGCUGUGCGCGCCGCGCAGCCACAGAGAAACGCUUCGGUUCCUCCGCGCACCAUCCGCAGGUCGCGCGCGUCGCUACUACAGUGACGGACCCCGAAGUGCAGAGAAGAAACGCGCACGGAAAAAAAAACAAAAAAAAAACGGGGGGAGGCGGAGGAGAGGGCGCCCACUGGGGACAAUGGAAUCGAACCCGAGUCUGUGAACGGCGCGGACGCAGGCGGUUAAACGGCGGCAUGGCGGCAGCAGCAAAGAUCUGAACUUUGUCGGAUCUGCGAGCGGGAUUAUCGUGCAGCGUGUGUGACCGGUGAAGAGGCUCCGUGAGGGAAAAGCGAUCAUUCGAGUUUGAGGAGCAGACUGCGGCAUGGCGCGCCGUGACGCUCGGCUGGGCACCUGGCGGCUUCUGCUGACCAUCCUGGCGGUCAUCCUGCCCCUGUCUACGCACGGCAGACAUUCACUGACCAAGCGACAUCAUCACCACAACCACUCGUCAGUGAACAAGGAGGCCGCGAGCACGAGGAUGGUGCUCAGCGAUGAAUCCGCAGAGCGCGACCACCUGAUCGGAGCGAGGCUCGGAAUGGGAGCGAGGCUCCCCCUCAGCCCAAAACGCCAUUACUCUCGUAAACACCUCAAUGUUAUAGAGGAGGACCCGCCUGUGGGGGAGGAGCUCACUGCUGGAGGGGCAGGACCAGACCAGCCAGGUAACCCCUUGUCUGAUGACAUCAUCACCGUGGAGUUCCACAGCCCCGCCCCAGACGUUGUGCCCUCUAACGGAGCUCUGGAUUGGGCCAAAGCCCCGAAAGCCCAGAAGCAAAAAGCAGGAGACCCUGCUACAUGGAAGCUUUCCGACUUUUACGACUACCUGUCACCUGACGAUGACCUUUCUGCCUUUGACACGACCCCAGAACCAGAACCGACUCCUUUACCGCCGGCUGACAUGGAGGAUGAGAAUCCACUGCUGGCUGCUGCUCCUCCAAUCCCGAACAAGUCAAGGCCUAACGUCAACAGUAAAGCUCCCUUACCGGCUCCUCCAAUCCCAGGGCCAGACAAGGGUGAGGGGCUGAGUGUAGGCGGAGCCACAGGGCCAGAUGGAUGCAGACUUGGAUUUGUGCUCUCUGGGCCUGGAGUUUGUGUCCCUCAGUGUGAAGUUGAACCCAAUUUCUGCUUGAAUGGUGGCGUCUGCACGGUGGCAGCAGGAAUAGGAGCCUUCUGCAGGUGCAAUGUGCAGGACUACAUUUGGAACAAAGGCAUGCGCUGUGAUUGGAUGGUCACAGAGUUCCAGGUGAUGUGUGUGGUGGUGAGCGUGUCCUCUCUGGUGCUCCUCCUCCUCUUCAUGAUCAUCGUUGUCUUUGCCAAGAAGCUGUACCAGCUCAAGAAUGAGAACAGGCACCUCUGCAAACGCAGUAAGUUCCAGCCGCAGAGCAGCGAGCCACAGACGGACGACCUCUCCGUUUCUACGACAGCUGACGGCUCACAGCCAAACGUAAGGAAACUGUGCGAUACCCCUCCGUCUGCUCCCCAAGCUCACACUCAAAACCUGGCGUACUAUGACAACAUUAUCUGUCAGGAUGAGCCUCAGAAGAAGGAGGAACCAGAAAAGUCCCCACAAGCCAAGGAAGAGGGGUCAAUGAACAUCCUCAACUCCCACUCCCCCCAAAAUGAGAACAACCGCCCGACCACCGUUGCCCAAGACCACGACAACACGCCCAACAACACGGAGGAAAACGCCGAGGAUGGAGCAACUCUUGGUCUGGAAGUGCUCCUUCCUAAAGAUGCCAAACUCCACCCACAGACCAGCCCGCCCCUUCAGUAUGACAAGCUUGCUGACAGUGAAGACCCCGCCUCCGUCUCCUCCUCCGCCUUCUCCUCUCAUGCCAUCACUCCACCAACUGCUACCAGCUCUAACCAUCCCAAAUCGCCCAAGACACAGAAAUUGUCCACUGCGUCCGAAUCGCCAAGAUCUCCAAAAGACGCGCAGGAUGCUCCGCGCGUUGACUGCGACCCUGAUCACCAGUCAUCGCUCAGCUGUCACUCAGUGCACCAUUCCAUCCCCGCCAACCCCUCCUCCUCCACCCCGCCCAGCCUCCGAAGGCCCAAAGGUCACCCGGCCUCAGGGUUCUUCGGCUCUGGCGGACACAUUUAUCCAUCACCCUCAUCCCCUCAUCUCGGUCAGCCGCCUCCAUCACCCUCUAGGGUGAAGUGCAGCCCGGUCAGCACGCGGUCUCUCCCACCGCUCUCCUGACCGGCUGUACGCUCAGCCGGCCUGUCACCUGCACACACUCAUCUAAACACUCACGCAUCCAUCGUGCCUCUAACACUUCUAUUAUUGCAACACGCAUCCAUCUGUUCACAGCUUUACCCAGAGGACCUGCAUCGCACCUGCUCCUAGUCCAUCAUGGAACUGGGACAAACCCAAAACUUCAUAAGGGCUCCUAGCUCAGGUGACUGCUCACACGUGCACAAAGUCAGCCAACACUCGCCAACACGAUGCUUCUCUUGGUGCCAACGUCAGCAACCGCUGUGAACAAAAUACAUGAUAUUCACUGCUUAGUGUUAAUAAUGUGUAAGAAUGUCUCAUGUUUUCACAAGCUUUUUGGUGUGGUUUUCACAUUUCUUAUCCUUAAUAAAUAGUUUAUACAGCAA